GAUAAAUAAGAGUAUAUUUAUAAGAAGCAGGGAAACAAAUAGGGGUACCGAUAUAAUUAUAUUUUAUUGUGUCGGUAAAUCGUUAAAAUGCCUUCAGCUUCUGAAAAAUCGGCAAAAGGUAAAUCGGCACGUGUUGAAGAAACAUUAUUGUUGCAUCCCAAAAGCAGAAAAUGUCGAGCAGUGGUGAAAAAGUUACGCAAAGAUACGAAGAAAGAAAGGAAUAAACAAGAAACGAAACUGAAACAGUCUCUGAUUGCCGACAAAUUACUUUGGUUUCAGAAAAACAUGGACUCAAGUGUAUGUCCAUACACAGUUGAACUAACUACUGCAUUAGUUGAAAAGUACAUGGCACGUAAUGAUGAAGAAUUGGAGCAAAUCAAUAUAAAGCGUUCCAUCGGAGUCCACAGAAAUAAGCAGCACAUUGGUCGAGAACAGGCUAUUAAUAUGACUAAGGAAAGAGAAAGAAAUGAUUUUGAAAGCUGUGGAUUAGAAAUUCCAGAUAUUUUAAACAUAAGUCAAUGCAGUAUGCUCCAAAAAUGGAAUGGAGACUUGAAACUUAUACCAGCUUUUAAAUUCUGUCAUUUCAAAAAAAGACAACUUGAGGAUAAAUUGAAAAAAAAACAAGAAUCAAAUCACAAAAAAGGUCGUAAGGAGCCACAAAAUGAUUGUACAGGAGAAGCUACCACUCAAAAUCAAAGUGAUGUAAGCAAAGUUGUUGAUACAGAAAUUUCAACCAGUAUUAGUCAGACAACUGAAGAUAAAAUGGAUGUUGAAUGA